UCAGAAAAUCCAAAAUGGUUGGUUCGUUAAAACUCAACCUCAUCUUGGCCCUGUCGCUGUCUGUGGUGCACAUGCUUUGGUGUUAUCCGGUCCUCUCGUCCAAGGUGCCUGGGAAACCUGAUUACUUUCUCAUCUUGCUGAGCAGCUGCCCAGCCAGGCUGGAGGGGAGUGACGGGCUAGCUUUUCUAAAGCCAAUUUUGGAGAAGACGUCGAUGAAACGGUCCUUUCGCAACGGAGUCGGCUCAGGGGUGAAAAAAACUUCAUUUCGAAGAGCAAAGCAAUGAAUAAGUGUGCAAAGGACUCUGGGAAUUAAUCUCAAGCUAUGUAGAGUGUGACUGAUGUGGUAAAAAAUAGUUGUAUCUUACCAUGAGAUGUGGCUUCCCUCCUCAUCCUCAGAUAUCCCCCUUCUCCUAACUGGCUCAGAGUAAAUUAAGUUUUGGGGAAAAAUGCAAACCUGUCUCAAACUUCUGCCUGUGAGUGAAAAAACGAUUUCUGUGCUUAGCUAGAAACUUCCCGGAAUACGGAGGUAUCCGCUGGCUUUGAUCGUGAAUCGGCCACAAUGCGGGGGCGUUUUUACUGUGAUUCUUCUCCUGCCGUCUCCCUGUGCUGUAUACCUCCAAGUGCAGUGGCAGGUAUAUGCUAUUUCUCCUUUAAAAUGUGAUUUCCUCAAAUGACUCAGCCGUGCUGUUUCUGUUUGUGAAAGAGUCUCAUGAAGUUCCAGCAGAAGAUGAACAAUGCAGCUGGAUCUAUCGGUCAGUUAGUUGGUACCUGCAGCAAGGGCUCGCCAGCGCCCUCUGGGUCUGUUUCUCCCUCUCCUUUUUCCGAUUCCAAAUAGACACAAAUAUGGCUGAU